UAACAAUGCCUCUUGCCGGUUCGCCGACAAGGCUUUUUUUCAAUCUAAAGAAAACCCACUCGCAUCCCUUGCCUCGAGCAUUCCAAUUCUAUCUUCAAUUCUGUGCUGUCGAUCUACUAAUACCACUACACCCGAGGCACUUCUCGAUAAGACUUCUCUUCCUGGACUUGGCCGCCUAGUCACCCAAAAGCAAACAGCCACCCGUCAUCGAAAACUUGUUUGGCAAUACACUUCGUUUCAUCUCCUGCGACCGUACAGAAAUCCAGCACACGUCGUCAACUCCUCACUUCGAACCAGGGUCGAGCGCCAGGUGCCGACAUCCGAGAGCAUCUCCAUCCUGUAACAAUAAUAAGGAUUUCUUCCACCGGCGCGCAAAUCUUCUGAGAAGGACGAACGACAUUGACGACAUUCACCUUCACUGUCGGCUAAUCGCAACACCCUGCUGCAAUUGCGCGAUCACGCAGGGGACUGAGAUCUCCGCGAGAUCUGACAGGGCGGAACCAUGGCCGACAAGGACGUGGAAGCAGGGACCCCUCAGCAGAUACCACAUUUCCGACAAGUACUCUCCAAGUCUGGCACAACAUCAGAAGUUCGAGACUGGCAAUAUGAUGGAUCAGGAACUGCAGAAGAUCCCUAUGUCGUCGAGUGGAUCGAGAAUGACCCGCGAAAUCCCAUGUUGUACGCAGAAAGCAAAAAAUGGGGUCUAACCUUCGUGGUCGCGCUCGUCACCCUUGCAGUGGCCUUUAUCUCCAGUGCGUACUCGGGAGGCAUUCAGGACAUCAUCCGCGAAUUUCAGUGCAGUCAGAUUGUAGCGACUUUGGGAGUGUCGCUAUAUGUGCUGGGAUUUGCGGUCGGACCAUUAUUAUGGGCGCCGCUUUCAGAGAUGUAUGGACGACAGAUCUGGUUCACAGUUACCUACGCCGGUUUGACCGCAUUCACUGCAGGUGCAGCUGGAUCACAAAAUAUCUGGACGCUGGUCAUUCUACGUUUCUUCGCUGGUGCUAUCGGCUCAAGUCCUCUCACGAAUGCAGGAGGUGUAAUCGCAGAUAUUUUCCCAGCGAGGCAACGAGGGCUGGCUAUGGCUUUGUUCGCAGCAGCGCCAUUCAUGGGCCCGGUCCUCGGACCCAUCGUGGGCGGCUUCACCAGCCAGUACGCGGGAUGGAGAUGGAACCAAGGCGUCAUGGCACUUUUCGCUGCUUCACUUUGGAUUCUUGGCACGAUCCUUGUGCCAGAAACCUACCCACCUGUCCUGCUCCGUGCUCGCGCACAGGAACUGAGCAAGAUGACCGGUAAAGUCUACAAAACCAGAGGCGACAUCCAAGCAGGCGACACAUCGGUCAUAGAAGUGUUUAAAACCUCUCUCUCGAGACCAUGGAUCCUCCUUCUGACCGAACCAAUUGUCUUACUGCUCUCCAUCUACAUGGCUAUCAUCUACGGAACGCUAUACAUGUGCUUUGGUGCUUUCCCAAUCGUUUUCCAGCAGGGAAGAGGAUGGAGCCCUGGGAUCGGUGGAUUGGCUUUCCUUGGUGUUGCCGUCGGAAUGCUUUGCGCGGUGUCGUACUCUGUUUGGGACAACAAAAGAUAUGCCAGAAUUUCCGACGAACAUAAGGGAUUCGCGCCACCGGAAGCACGUCUGCCAAUGGUCAUGUUGGGUGGCAUCGCAGUUCCAAUCGGUCUCUUCUGGUUCGCCUGGACAAAUUCUCCCUCCAUCCAUUUUAUGGUCCCUAUUAUCGCGACUGCACCCUUCGGAUUCGGCAUGGUUCUUAUUUUCCUAGGGCUAAUGAACUACCUCAUCGAUGCCUACACCAUCUUCGCCGCAUCAGUUCUCGCAGGAAACUCCGUGCUGCGAUCCCUUUUCGGAGCCGCGUUCCCACUUUUCACCUCGCAGAUGUACGCCAAUCUUGGUAUCCAUUGGGCUUCGAGCGUGCCUGCGUUCCUCGCUUUGGCCUGCGUACCCUUCCCCUUCUUGUUCUACAAAUACGGAGCCGCCAUCCGCAAGAAGUGCAAGUACUCCGCCGAAUCCGACCGAUUCAUGAAACAAAUGGCUGGCCAAGCCUUCAGCGAUGACGAAGAAGAUGACGAGAAGGACGAUGACAGGAGAUCUGGUGCCGACAUGUCAACAGAAUCUGAUCCGGAGAAGAACGCAGAGAAUACGGAUGAUACUGCUGUAGAAACAGAUCAGGAAGCACAGGGCCCAGCUAAGGAAGAGGUCGAGGAGCCUCGACGAGAUUCGAUUGAUGGAGUUUCGGAUACCGAAGAGGAUCAACCACGAUUCGCGCCGAUUACGCAGACAAAGUCCAAGGCCAGUUUGAGGAGCACGAGGAGCCGCGCCAGUCAGAGAGGGCCGGUCGGGUACCAGUUCAGUCCUUUCGACCUGGACCGAAUCAACACGAGAGAGAGCUUCAAAGUUGUACACGAUGCGAAAGCUGCUUCCCGAUCGUCAUCCGUUGGGUCUCGAAGGAGCAGAAAGUAAUAGUCCUUUUGAGCGGAAGUUUUCGCGAUCAUUGGAGAAGGGUUCGAUGGGGCAUAGCGGGCGUUACCAAAAAGAUACCACUACAGUACGGGUUGCUAUGAGAGCAUCAGGACUGGCAUAUGAGGGCCAGGAAGUUUUGUACAGUAAUGUCAUGACAACGCAUCGUCGACGACGUCACGAGUCGGUUAGAUUUUUAAUAUCAUGCACCCGAAAGGUGGUCUUGAGAUUCAUUUAUCAAGGUCUCCCAACGUAUCGUACACGAUUUGCCUGUGACCAUUGCUCCAACUGAGGAAGGUAGCAGCGUAUCAC